AUGGCGGCGGCACCACCUCCAUUACAAGAUGCAGGAUAUCAAACAAUGAUUGAAGCGGAGCCAAUCGAUGAAUUUGUGCAUGAACAGACAACUCGAAGCAAGGAAACAUAUCAACAAGAUUUGGAUGAAUUGAAUUUAGAUGAUAAGAGAAUUGAGAGAUUUAUUCGGAAUGGAGAGAAGAAUCGAUAUACCAACGUGGCGUGUUUCGAUGAAGUUUUGGAUCGAGAUAACGAAGACUUCUAUUGUCAUGCGAAUACAUUCAGCACUCCAUAUGGAAACUUUAUGAUAAGUCAAGCACCGAAAGAGAAUACUUGUGGAGAUCAUCUUCAUAUGAUGUGGAUAUUCAAUAUCCGAACUGUCGUUUGUAUGGUUUCAGCUGAAGAAGCUGGAGGAUAUUUUGUGCCGAAAGAAGGAGAGAAGUUCACUGUUUUCCAAAAAUAUACGAUGAAAACAACGGCGAUAUUUGAUGAGAAACAGGGUGUAACUGUCUAUCAAUGUGAACUAAAAUCUCAUAAAGCACCGAAAUCUCAAUCCCGUCGAACCAUUUAUAUCAUCUGUUGUGAUACUCCUGUUGCUGCAAUCCGUUCGCCACGUCAACAAACAGUUCUCAUGGAAUAUAUGUGGUCGUUUGAAGAGACGGAAGCAAUCGAGAGAAAUGGAACAACAUCUGAUGCAUCGACAACUAUUCUUGUUCAUGGAGUAUCGGGCACUCGUCGUUGUGUUUCAUUCGUUGUCACUGCAGUCAUGUGUCGUCAGAUUCUGGAGACUGGACAGUUUUCUGCGAUGGAGACGUGGAUUGAAAUGAGAAAGAGACGAGCUCAUGCGUGCACUCGUAAACAUGAUUUCUAUUCUUCUCUCUACACGGUUUUCGCUUUUUCUGCACAAUCUGGUACUGUCAGUGAGACUGAUCAGAACUUUCUGAAAUCAAUGACGGUCAUGAAAGCUCUUCUGGAGAAACGACAGAAUCGUGAUAAGGACGACUGA